AUUCUUUCACCGUAGAACAUACACUUUACAUACAUAUACAAUGCUUGUUUCAUCUGUAGUUGCUCUGUUGGCCACUGCUGCCUCUGUCGUAUCUGCAGAUUUCCCUCAAUACAAUCUCAUCAAGGCUGAUCGUGAUGCUGGCCGCUUUACAUUUUUGCCCACCACUCGUGCCCAAAAGGAGGUCAUUCUCAAGAAUGCUGAAAAUAUUCUUACCGCAUGGGUCAAUUAUGAUUCCAAGAUGACCAACUAUGGACCAGCCGCUGAUCCGUUCCCAGUCAUGAAGAGCCUCCGUAGCAACAUUGACAAGAUCAGUGAUGAGGAGCUCCAGCUCUCACUCAGCGAUGUGUUUGUCAAGAUCCGUGAUCAGCACACUCGUUGGUUCAACUCCGCGCCAUACCGUUGUUUCUUUGCAACCACUGGUCUGGAAUACUCACUGGUUGAGGGUGACAAGGACAUUGCCAAGAAGCCCACCGUUCUUGUAUCUGGCAUCACUAAAGUUCCCGAAAUUUUGGCUCUAGUGGGCAAGGAGUACUCCAAGAUUGAGCUUGGUGAUGAACUCGUGGGUAUCAAUGGCAAGACUUUUGUCGAAUGGUUCAAGGAGAACCAAUUCAAAUCUGGUGACGGUGCCAAUGAUUUUGGUGGUCAGCGUACUGCUCUCGAGUACAUUGGUUCUAUUUAUGGCUCUGUUAACCGACUCCCAAGUGUUGAUUCUAUCAAGCUUAGCUUCAAGUCUCGCAAGCACUAUAACCACAAGUACACUGUCGAUGUUCCAUACGUCACUGGCCACUCCAAUGCAUGCUGGGCUCUGUCUUCCAAUAUGUACAAGAACCUGACCAACACCACUUUGCCAGACACUCCAGCUCCUCCCAAGAGCACAAGUCUCCGUGCUUCCAAGUCCGGUGCCACUACUCAGUCUCGCAUGUUUGAAGUCAUCAAGGAUCUUAAGCACCCCCGCGCUCGUGCUCACCAAGAUCUUGAGGAGAAGAAGAUGCACCAAGCUAUUAUUGGAGCUGAAUCUCCAAAGGUUACUUUCACCCCCACUGGCGUUACCAAGGUUUCCUGGGCCAUUUACAAGCCACAGACCAAGAACAUGGGUGUCAUCAAGCUUGAUGAUUUUGAGCCAACCGAUCCCAUUACCGAUGCCGAGUCUAUCGAUCCCGCUAUUCGCAUCAUCCGAUCUCUGCUUUCCAAGGAGUUGAAGGAUACCAAGUCGGUUGUGUUCGAGAUCCGUAGCAACCCAGGUGGUUACAUUACCUUUGCUGACAUGCUUCCCCAGCUGUUCAAGCCUGAUUUCGAGCCAUUCGGUGCUCGCUACUUGAUGAACAAUGUUACCCACAACAUCUUUGUUGAAGGAAAGGAUCCUUCCGACAUCUGGGCCCAGGUUUGGAGCGAGACUCCAGCUGGAUCUCGUUAUACCAAGAUUGGUGACUUUGACACUGCCGAGGCCACAAACACCUAUGGUCAGGCUUACGUUCGCCCCAUGGGUGUUUUCACUGAUGGAAACUGCUUCUCUGCUUGUGAAUUGUUCUCUGCCAAUGUCCAAAACUAUGAUGCUGGUACCAUUUUCGGUGAGGAUGGAAACACUGGUGGUGGUGGUGCCAAUAUUCUGGACGUUGACCCUGCGUUGAUGCUCAUGGAUCCCUUUGACUUUAAACAGUUCCCCUUCACUAACGAGCUCACCUGGAAGCCCACUUCCGGAAAAUACAUGAACCGUCUUUCCGUUGGUAUUCGUCAAUCUGUCCGUAACGGUAAAUACAACGGCCAAUUGAUUGAAGAUCUCGGUAUCAAGACAGAUAUUGUUGUGCGUGCUCGUUGGUCCGAUCUGCAGCCCAACUCCACAACCAACACUCAGUACGAUCGUAUUGCUGACAACCUUGUCCGCAUUGGUGAAAAGACUGGCCAGAACAAACUCCACUUUGUUUCUGAGCCAUUGUCCUAUGAAUCCAGCCCUGACUCCCUUGUCAUUCAUGCCGAAGUCUCUGGUAUUGAAAAGCUUACCUUUUCCUCCACUGAUGGAAAGACUCUUUACAAAAACCAGGACGUCCCUGCCACCGCAAAGACAAUUGAUGUUGACAUCUUUGCUGGCAGCAGUGCUCAUGCCGAUCUUGGAAACAGAGCCGUUCGAAUUAUUGGUACCACCAAGGGCAAGCAAGUGCUAAAGACCAACCGUUUCGUUCGCCUUUUGCCUUCUUCGAGCCAGAGAUAUGACAUUACCACUGGACCCGCGUUCGAGUUUACUUCCUUUACCAAGAAUGUUGGUCUGUACAACACUGACCAGACCUCUACUGCCAAUGGAUGGAAUAAGGGCAAGAAUGGUAAAUUCAUUAUUGGUAACGGCAUCCGAUACGUUGAAAAUGUUGAUUCCGCCAUUGAUGUGUUCUUUACUGCUACUGCUGGUGAGAAGCUUGUUGUCAAGUUGGAUGUGAAUCUGGAUUCUGAGCCCGAUUUUGAUUUCCUCUACUUGGAUGUCAAGGGAUCAGAUGGUAAGGUUACUCCAUUGCUUUCUUCCAAGUCUUCUGACCAAAAGACUGUCUUCCCUGGUGUGUCGGGUAACAAUGUCACUGUUACUGGAUCGUUCCCCUUCACUGCUCCAUCAAAAGAGUUUUCCAUUGCACUUCGCUUUACUUCUGAUGGUGGUGUCGACUUUUCCGGUGCUACAAUCAACCAGUUCCGUGUUGAGCGUGCUUAACUGUUUUCUUUGAAAACUUGCUUUCUGUUUCUUCACUAAACAGACAGAUGUAAUUCUAUGCAAUUUCUAUCGAUUGACAAUUGAAAUAAAGCUAUUUUUUGUAUGACUAAGC